CUCUCUUGACCCGGAGUCAUUCUUUGCCUUUUCAGAAAACAAACGGGAUUAAAGUCCAGGGCUGGGACUUCCUCCUUGGGGUGUUUGACAAGGACUGACGUACUCUAGGCCCUUUGAAUCCCGGAAGUCCAGGACACACCCAGCCUCGGGUGCAGCAUCCUGAAUGCCAGAGCCUAGGUAAAAGGACUGAAGCGAACACCAUUUCAACAUGAGGGACCCACUGACAGAUUGUUCGUAUAAUAAAGUAUACAAGAACCUAAAGGCGUUUUCUCAAAAUGGAGAAGAUUUCUGCAAGCAGAUCACGUCCAUUCUUCAGCAAAGGGCAAAUUUGGAGAUUAAUUAUGCCAAAGGACUUCAGAAACUGGCAACCAAGCUAAGCAAAACUUUACAGAGCACAAAGAAAAACUGUCUUGUCAGUGCCUGGGCCUGGGUCUCAGAGGGCAUGAAGUCUGCAGCGGACCUGCAUCAAAAACUUGGCAAAGCAAUUGAAUUGGAAGCAAUAAAACCAGCUCAUCACGUCCUGAGUGCCCAUGAAAAGAAAAGAAAAUCACUUGAUAACGAAGUUGAAAAGACAACAAAUCUUGUCAUUAGCAACUGGAAUCAACAAAUUAAGGCCAAGAAGAAAUUGAUGGUUAGUACCAAGAAGCAUGAAGCACUUUUCCAUCUUGUAGAAAGCUCCAAGCAAAUCACGACCGAGAAAGAGAAGCAGAAGAUAAAUGGCUCAUUACAUUUGAUAUACAAAACCAACCGUAUCCUGGAUAGAUCAUACAUCAGAGCUGAUGGACAGUUGAAUGGCUGGCGUGUCAACUGGAAUAAGAAACUCCUCAAUAAACUGAAAAAGUCAACUGAGAAGUUGUCAAAAGAAGAUGAAAAUUACUACCAGAAAAACAUAGCCAGCUGUUCUACCAGACUGAAAUGGGAGAACACACUGGAAAAUUUCUUCCAGAGCAUCCUGGAGCUGGAGAAGGAAAGAAUUCAACUCUUAUGCAAUAACUUAAACCAGUACUCCCAACAUAUUUCUGUUUUUGGCCAAACCCUGACCACAUGCCACACGCAGAUUCACUGUGCCGUCAGCAAGAUAGAUGUUGAAAAUGAUAUCCAGGCUCUCAUGGAAGAAACCGCGGUUUCAUCUACAGAAAAUAAAUCUGAGUUCCUGUUAACUGAUUACUUUGAAGAAGAUCCUAAAAAUGCAAUGAGUAAAGAGCGGCAGGUGUCUUCAAUAAAAUCAAAACUGUCGAGACUGAAGAAAGAUAUUGAAAAAGCCUCGAGAGACCAGGAAGGCCUGGAACGAAUGCUGAAAGCAUACUCCAGCCACUCCUCUUUCUCAGACACAGAAAGCCGAAAAAGCACAGCAGCCUUAAUGGACGAGAAUAACUUGAAACUAGACCUUUUGCAAGCAAACGCCUAUAAACUGUCAUCCGUGUUAGCAGAACUUGAGCAAAGACCUCAAGCCAACCAUGCCUGUAGUAACUCUAUCUUCAAGUGGAAAGAAAAGCAGCAGACACAUAGUUCUGUAAAAAUAUCUCGGCCUUUCCUGACGAAGAGAUUAGAGGAUGUUGUGAGCAGGGCAUCUUCGGGAGGGCAGAGAAUUCCAAGUUCUCCAUCUACAGCCUCCGGUGUGACCCAGUUCGGCAAUGGUCUUUGCAAGGCCUUAUAUUCUUUUCAAGCCAGGCAAGAUGAUGAGCUGAAUUUGGAAAAAGGUGACAUUGUGACUAUACACAAGAAGAAAGACGAAGGGUGGUGGUUUGGCUCUUUAAAGGGAAAACAAGGCCAUUUUCCUGCCGCUUAUGUGGAGGAACUUCCUUCAAAUGCUGGGGACACAUCUUCAUAAGCAUAAGCAAGAUUCUGAAGGCAUCGCCUCACAUACUCUGUAAAUUAUACCAUGUGGUGCAAAUAAAGGCAA